AUGGUUGGCGUCGGCGGUAGAAGUCGCGGCUGCAAGACUUGUCGUCGGGCUCGGGUGAAAUGUGGUCUCAAUGCUUUCCCCGUCUUCAUAGACGGUCUCUCCUUUGCCGAGAUUCGGGAGGAUGACAAGAAACCCAAUAAUGUCAUGACAAAGAUUUCGACACCCACAGUCCCCAGUAAUCCCAAAGUCGAUGAGGACGGCUUGUUUCUGAACUACCUUAUAAGAAGUCUCUUCACAGCCUCUCAAGUCGAGAUUUCGACGAGCAAAUCCAGUGUGUCUCCCUGGCUAACUGCCUCGAUUCGGGCGACCAAUCACAGCCGCAUCCCGGACCUUGCCAUUCGAGCUUGUGCUGCUAUGUAUUUUGGAAAGACACACUGCCAAUUAUCUGCAGUCGAACGGGGCGCCAAGUUAUAUACCCACGUCCUCCCACUAUAUGAGAUGAUCUCCUUCAGUGAUAUGAACGGAUGGCUAAGCCAUUUUCUGGGAAUCGGACACCUUAUUCUUGCAUAUCUCGUUCGGAACCAACGCUGUUUUCUUGAAGAAGAUGCUUGGAAAGUGGUGCCGUGGGCAAAUGACCCAACUUCCAAGACAACAAUGGAUUGCCUUGUUGACAUAUUCUGCCACUUGCCUGGUGUAGUGGAAGAUAUGAAAGCGUUAAAAGCCAGUACGGGUGCAACAGAAGAACUCUCAGUAUCCUACAUCAUCCUUGGCUUCCAAAUCAAGGCACUCGUGGCAAGACUUAUUAGUUGGAGGAUAAAAUGGGAAGAGGAUCACUCGAAUACUUAUUUCAAUGUCGGAUGGGACAUUUUACAGCAGUUGGGGGUCGCGUAUCUGGACUCGUACCCCUUCCCCACAGCAAUCUUCUUCUCCGAACCUAUUCGAGUUACGGAACUUUGCAUGUAUGAUGCUCUCUUAAUUCUUCUGCAACAGCUCUGGAAGCAGCUUCCAGACUACGUCGGUCUGACAUCUCCAUUUGAUGAGGUUAACUCUUGUUGGCCCCAGCCAUCAAUUUUCUUAGCUCCCGGAAAUGGGUCAGCAAAAGAGGUUGUUGGAGAGAUUUGCAAAUUAGUUUACUCCCAAUUUCUGAGCCAUCCCGGGAAAGGCGGUGCCCUCCACGUUAUGUUCCCUCUUCAAGUUGCGCAACGCAGCAUUAGCUCCGAGUCCCUGGAGGCGCAAUGGCUAGGUACUCUGAAGAGUUUAGAAAAGGCAGAAUUAUUAUAUGAGUAUCAUAGGCAGCUUUUAUAG